AUGGCGGAGGGUCGGAACCAGGGAAUUUCAACGAGCUCGGCUUGGCGAAGGAAGGGUUUGAAGAGGCGGGUCGCCAAGCAUCCCGGGGUGGGAUGGGGGGCGGGGCCCGGGCCUGCAGUCCUUGGUACCCCUCAGGCUUGGAAGGAGCAGGUUGAGGCCGGCAGCUCCGACUCUGAGACGGGCAUCCUCCGUUUGGGAGACUCCAAUCCAGGCAGUCGCGGAUUGAUGAGAGAACUGCAUAAAAGAGGAGGGAAUAAUCCCAGGUCUCUUGCCAUUGGAGCUCCAGUAUCUGUUAUUCCCGUUACCUCGUCAUCCCGCUGCCUUUGUCACCAAUUAUUUCUGUCAUCCUCUUUCUCCCUGCAGUGUGAGCACAACAUGGUCAAGGACGGUCUCUGGAACGUGGAAACCAAGAAGCAGGCUCUGGAGAGUGGAGGUGGAAAUAGAAACCUAGGCGGGGUGACCGUGGAGACUUCUUCCUCCUCAAGGCGGGAGGAAAGAGCUCUGCGUUCGCAAGCCUCAGCCCUUUCCCAAGAUGGGGCAGACAAAACCAAGUUUCAGGAGCCAUUGACCUUCAAGGACGUGGCCAUGGUUUUCACAGAGGAGGAGCUGGGGCUGCUGGACUACCAGAGGAAGCUGUACCGAGACGAGAUGCUGGAGAACUUCCGGAACGUGGUCUCUGUGGGAGACAAGGAUGCAAAGGACAUGGAGUAUAUUCAAGAAAAGGAAUUAAGAUUGCUUUUGCACAGAGAGCUCUCCUACUGUAAAAUCUGGGAACAGGUGGCUGGUGAAUUAACUCGGAAUCAAGACCAUAGAGUAAAUCUUCAAGGGACGGAUUUCCAGUUCUCAGAAGAUGCUUCUCUCUGUCAAGCGGGGAAAGGAGCAUCUACUCAGGGUUCUCAAAUGGAAAAUUUGGUAGACAGUCUUCAAGGGGAUGGGUCCAUCAAUUUAGAAAAUCAAGAGUUUCCAGCCUGCAAAGCAGUGACACCCGUCUCCAUUCAAGAAUCUUGGAUAAAAGCCUUUGUGAAUGAGCCAUGGAAUGUUCAAGAAAGGUGUAAAAAAGUCGACAUGGAAGAUACAAUAUAUAAAUGUGACUGGGGUGAUUAUGGCUUCAGGAUAUCAUGUGGUCAUGAUGACCACAGAAAACCUGAAAGAGGGAAACCACGUAACUGUGAUAAAUGUAGAGAAAACUGCAUUAAAAAGUCAUCAGUACUUCAGCACCCUAACUCCGGAGAGAACGGCUUUAAAAGAAAUGAACAUGGAAAUGGCCUCAGGGAUAAAUCAAACCUUCCCACUCAGCCAAGGGUGCCCUUGAAAGAGAAACCCUAUAAAUAUCAAGAGUUUGCUAAGAGCUUGAGGCCAGGUGCCUGUCUGGAGAGACCUCAAAGAAUCCCCACAGGAGACAAAUCCUUUGAAAAUACCGAGCGUGGUCGGGUCUUCAGGCAGAACACACACCUUCACAGCCUCCCCGGGGCCCACACGGGAGACACGCUCUAUGGAUGCGAUGUCUGCAGGAAGGGGUUCAGGUAUAAAUCAGUCCUUCUCAUUCACCAGGGAGUGCACACGGGAGAGAAACUUUAUAAAUGCGAGGAGGGCGGCAAGGCCUUCGGGCGAAGCUCCAAUCUGCUUGUCCAUCAGUGGGUCCCCACUGGGGAGAAACCGUAUAAAUACAGCAAGUGCAGGAAAGGCUUCAGCUACAGCUCGGUGCUUCAGGUCCAUCAGAGGCUGCACGUGGGGGAGAAGCCCUACACGUGCGGCCAGUGUGGCAUAGGAUUCUAUGCUAAGUCCGUCUUACGUAAGCAUUGGCAUGUCCACCUGGGGGAGAAGCCCCAUAGCUGUGUCAAAUGCUGGAAGGGAUUCAGCUGUAGCUUGCAUCUCAGCAGUCAUCAGAAAACGCACCCGGGAGAGAAACCCUACCAGUGUGACCAGUGCGACAAGGGUUUCGGUCACAACUCGCGCCUCCAGGCUCACCAGAGGGUUCACGUGGGUCAGCGCCUCUGUGAGUGUGAUGUGUGUGGGAAGAGCUUCAGCUACAGCUCGGGGCUUUUCGCACAUCAGAGGCUGCAUACGAGAGAGAAGGCCUACAGAUGUGAGUGUGGGAAAGGCUUCAGCUGAAGCUCAGACCUCCACGUCCAUCAGAGGGUCCACAUGGGAGAGAAGCCCUACAGGUACGAGUGUGGGAAAGGCUUCCAGCAGAAUUCAGACCUUCACAGUCACCAGAGGGUCCACACGGGGGAGAGGCCCUACAUCUGUGACGUGUGUGGGAAGGGCUUCAUUUACAGCUCUGACCUCCUCGUCCAUCAGAGGGUCCACACAGGAGAGAAACCCUAUAAAAGCACCUAGUGCAGCAAAGGCUUCAGUUACAGUUCGAGGCUUCUCAUCCACCACAGGGUCCACACGGGCGAGAGACCAUACCGAUGCAAAGAGUGCGGAAAGGGCUUCAGAUGCACCUUGAGCCUCCACAAACAUCAACGAGUCCACACGGGCAAGAAACCUUACACAUGUGUUGAGUGCGGCAAGGGAUUCAGCUAUGGUUCCAACCUUCUCACCCACCAGACACUGCACACGGGAGAGAAGCCCUACGAAUGCGGAAAGGGCUUCCGGUAUGGCUCAGAUCUCCUCAGUCAUAAGGGAGUGCACACUGGAGAGAAACCCUAUAGAUGUGAUGUGUGCGGGAAGGGCUACAGUCAGAGCUCACAUGUCCAAAGCCAUCAGAGGGUCCACAAUGGCGAGAAGCCCUAUAAAUGCAAGGAGUGCGGGAAGGGCUUUGGUUGAAGCUCCUGUCUCCGUGUCCAUCAGAGGGUCCACACUGGAGAGAAGUCCUACAAGUGUGCAGAGUGUGAGAAAGGCUUCAGUUAUAGCUCAGGUCUGCGAAAUCACCAGAGGGCGCAUUUAAGCGAGAAACCUUACAAGGAGACAUGAGUUGAAGUCUCCAGUCAGAACUCAGAACUUUACAUUCAUCUCAGC